AUGGAAGGGCUGAGCGCCUCGGCCGCUUUCUGGGAUCACCUUCGCCAGCUGUGCCUGGACCAGUUUCCUUGCGGGGUGGGGAGCUGGAAUAAAUCCCGGUUCCCCCCUCGCCUGCCCCCCCGUCUCCAUGGUCUGCCUGCCCUCCGACUGGCCACUCUGCCCCGACGCAAUGGCUUCCUGUCGCCCAACGAAGAAACGGCGGAGGCCCUGACGGAGUUCCUGCGCUGCCCAGACUCCCCCUGGGCCUUGCCCCCCGACUGCAGCCCCCCCGAGCAGCAGCUGCGGGAGCUGGCCGUGCAGCACCCCCAGAUCGUCCGGACCAGCUUCGUCUGCUCCUACUUCAGGUCGCUCCGGAUCGUGAACAAAGGGGUGACUGAAAUCGAUGUGGGUUUGUUAAAGUUCCCCAAUUUGGAAGAGCUGAUCUUAACGGCAAACCAUAUCAGCACCAUCCCGGCUGCCAAUCUCCCUCCGGGCCUCAAGGUGCUGGAGCUUUGUGGCAAUGAGGUGCAGAGUUUAAAAGACCUGUGCACAUCCCCCCCAGCUGGACUGCAGCAUCUGGGUCUCAGCCACAACUGCCAGCUUGGUUCCUCGGAGGAACAAUAUUUGGCAGCUGUUUUCUGGCCCAACCUGGUCUCUCUGGACUUGAGCUACAACAACUUCACCGACCUGCUGAGCCUCCUUCCCACGCUCUCCAGCUUGAAGAAGCUCCGGAUCCUCGUCCUGCAGGGAAACCCCUUUGCCCUCCUUCCGGGUUACCGAGGUUUUACCAUCGACAGCCUGCCCCACAUCUCUGUCUUCGAUGACAUCAUUAUCACCCCGGAGGAGAGGCACCGUUUCCUCAAGCUGUCCAUCUUCCCAGAGGCCGUACUCUCGGAUGUCAAACUGAUCGUCACCAUUGGCAAAAUGCGGGGUCUCCCCAACCCGCUCAACCCAGAGGAACUGGAGGGCAGUCCUGACUCCCCAAUCGUCACUCACAGCUACUACGUGACGUAUGAAUUUGCCAAGGGUGAAGAAAAAGGGGAGAAGGCAGCCAGCAAGCACAGGAGAGCAUUGACCGCAGGGGACGUGGCGAGCUCACCCUUAGUGGCGGUGGAUGGAGAGACAACUGAGGCCCCGUCUUCUCAGCCUUCGCCCAAGCUGGACCUGCAGCCCGAGCCAGGAGCAAAUACGCACUCGACUGCCAAGAAGGGCUGGGCAGAGGCCAUUGACUGCGAUUACCGAAAAGAGCAUCUCGCCCAGGAUCUGGUUGGUCUGAAGGCUUAUCUUCUUGCUGGAACCACCGUCUCCGUUGUGGAGGAAAAGGUUGUCUCCUGGCCUGUGGUCCUGACUCCUGAAGAAAAAACAAGCAAGAAAGGAAAGGGGAAAGGAGGAGAGAAAGGAAAAGCCGAUUCGGGAAAGGGUGGGAACAAAAAGAAAAAGAAAGCCCCUUCCCCAGAGCUCCGAAGCGACCCCCCCAUCGUGAGGACCCUGGGCUCCCUUCACAUCAGCUUAGAGAAACUGCUAGCUGGGGCAUCGUUGCUGGAGACCACCUGUGAUUUCGGGGUGCAGAUAACCGAGCGGAGCGUCUCCCCGCCGUUGCCCAAAGACAAGGAGAGCAAGAAAGGUGCAAAAAAAGACGCCAAAGCCAAAUCUGGGACCGACAGCGCAACCUCUCGAAAAACACCCCCACCCCCAACCCCCUCCCCUACCAGGGGAAAGGGGCGGAAGAAGGACUCUCCAGAGGGACCCGAUUCACAACUCAGCCAGCCCGUGCCUUUGACUGUGGAGUUUCAGAUGCAACACAUCAAGUGGGAAUCGGCUUCCCCCAUCUUAAAAAUGCAGGAAGCCUCAGAAUAG